AUGAUGCUGGCCACAAAUGUGUCCGCCCUGGGCGAAGGCACGCUCCCCUUGUCUGAGCUACAAAUGUUUCACAGUGAGAAAUUCCUAUUGAAUUUAACCCAAGUGCUAAACAUAUCGGCGGACAAUUUGACCAGCCUGCUGCAAGAACUGGAGCCACAUGAUCUGCUGGAGCAGUCGCCGCGUCCGAUGGCCACCCAUAUGGGCUUGCUGGCCACGCUGAGCGUCGGCUAUGCCCUCAUCUUUGUGGCCGGCGUGCUGGGCAAUCUAAUAACCUGCAUUGUCAUUUCGAGGAACAAUUUUAUGCACACGGCGACCAAUUUCUAUUUAUUCAAUUUGGCCAUAUCGGAUCUAAUAUUGUUGUGCUCGGGCAUGCCCCAGGAUCUGUACAACUUAUGGCAUCCAAACAAUUAUCCCUUCUCAGACGGCAUUUGCAUACUGGAGAGCGUGCUGUCCGAGACGGCGGCAAAUGCCACCGUUCUGACCAUCACCUCGUUCACCGUGGAGCGCUACAUUGCCAUUUGCCAUCCAUUCAGGCAGCACACCAUGUCCAAGUUGUCGCGUGCCAUAAAGUUCAUCUUUGCCAUUUGGAUAGCCGCCCUGUUGCUCGCCUUGCCCCAGGCCAUACAAUUCUCCGUGGUAACCCAGGGCGCUGGCUCAUCAUGUACGAUGAAUAAUGACUUCUUUGCACAUGUAUUCGCCGUAUCCGGCUUUCUAUUCUUUGGCGGCCCGAUGACGGCCAUCUGUGUGCUCUACGUGCUUAUUGGGAUCAAGCUGAAGCGGAGCCGUCUGCUGCAGGCGCUGCCGCGUCGCAGCUACGACGUUAAUCGCGGCAUCAGCGCCCAGACGCGCGUCAUACGGAUGUUGGUCGCUGUGGCAGUUGCCUUCUUCAUAUGCUGGGCGCCAUUUCAUGCUCAGCGCCUGAUGGCAGUCUACGGCUCCACGUUCGGCAUUGAGUCGCAGUGGUUCAACGAUGUCUUCAAUAUAUUGAACUAUACAUCGGGUGUGCUCUACUUUCUGUCCACCUGCAUCAAUCCGUUGCUGUAUAACAUUAUGAGCCACAAGUUUCGUGAGGCCUUUAAGGUCACUUUGGCCCGUCAAUUUCGUCUCUCGGGCAAGCAUCAGGGUCAGGGCCUGCCGCACAACUACAGCGCGCUGCGACGCAACCAGACGGGCUCUCUGCGUCUGCAUACGGAUAGUGUGCGCACCACUACGACGCUAACUACGUUGAAUGGCAGCAGCAAUGGGGCCGCAGUUGGCGGCUGUCGCAGCUCUCAGCGCUUGCAGCGCGGCUCGCUGAGCAGCUCGCAUGCCACAUUGCUGAGCACGCAGAGUCGCAGCAGACAGGAUCUGUUUGCGGCACGCCCACAUCGAACGCUGCAAACACAAAUUUCCCAACUGUCCUCAGUGGGCGAUGCCCACUCGCUGCUCGAGGCGGAGCUGCAGUGGCCCGAGGAGCACUACGAGCUGGCGGCACGGCACAAGUGUCCGCAUGCAGCGAUGGGCGCCAUCGAUGAGCUCAGUUGUCAAUCGAGUGUGGUGGGCGGCGCCGCAGCGGCGGGUCUAUCCCUGGCAAAGUCAACGAGCAGUGGCAAAGUGCGCAAGGCAAAGGCUAAACGCUCAAAUACGCUCAAGGGUCUCCGGGCCAAAUUGAAUUGGCGUGGCAGGCACAAGGAGAGCGCCAACGACAGCGCUGAUGGGCAACAAAUGCCGCAGUCAAGUGUGGCAUCAACGCCAAGUGGCGUUUACUGA